GAUUGCCUAGCUGCGGUUCGAUGUCAAUAAAACCCGAAAAUACAGAUCCCCGACCUUCGAUCCACGACGUAGUCCCACGAGACUCCUAAGCCGCCAAAAUGGGUUCUAUGUUUGAGCAGUCGCAGAACGGUACCUUGUUUUUAGGUGGGCAGAAGAUCUCCGGGCCUGAUAUCCGUGAUCAAAAUGUCUUGGCCGCACAAGCGAUCGCAAAUGUUGUCAAAAGCUCGUUCGGCCCGAGCGGUCUUGACAAGAUGAUGGUGGACGAUAUUGGAGAUGUCACAGUCACGAACGAUGGAGCAACGAUCCUCAGCUUGUUAGAUGUCGACCACCCUGCCGGAAAGAUCCUUGUGGAUCUUGCGCAGCAGCAAGACAAGGAAGUCGGUGACGGCACGACCUCGGUGGUCCUGAUCGCAGCCGAACUACUUCGGAGAGGCAACGACCUGAUGAAGAACCGGAUACACCCGACGACGAUCAUCACUGGCUAUCGCCUGGCAAUGAGGGAGGCCAUAAAAUACAUGAAUGAGAACAUCAGCACCAAGGUCGACAACCUCGGGCGAGACUCGCUCCUCAGCAUCGCCAAGACGUCCAUGUCGAGCAAGAUCAUCGGCUCCGACUCCGACUUCUUCGCAAAUAUGGUGGUGGAUGCGAUCAAAGCAGUAAAGUCAACGAAUAACCGGAGCGAGGUGAAGUACCCGGUGAAGGCGGUCAACAUUCUCAAGGCGCACGGCAAGUCGGCGCUGGAGUCGGUACUCGUCAACGGCUAUGCCUUGAAUUGCACCGUUGCUUCCCAGGCCAUGACGACACACGUAUCAGACGCCAAGAUCGCAGUUUUGGACAUGAAUCUGCAAAAGGAGAGGAUGAAGCUGGGCGUACAGAUCACGAUCGACGACCCGCAGCAGCUGGAGCAGAUCAGGGCGAGGGAAUCAGGCAUGGUCAUCGAGCGAGUCGAGCUCAUCCUGAAGGCCGGUGCAAACGUCAUCCUUACCACCAAGGGCAUCGACGACAUGGUGAUGAAGCUGUUCAUCGAGAGAGGUGCCAUGGCAGUGAGGCGAUGCAAGAAGGAGGACCUCCGCCGCAUCGCCAGGGCUACGGGCGCGACCCUCCUCAGCACGCUCUCAGACCUCAAUGGUGACGAGAAGUUCGAGCCAUCCUACCUCGGACACGCCGACGAAGUGCUUCAAGAACGUAUUUCCGACGACGAGUGCAUCCUGAUCAAGGGAACCAAGGUGCACUCCUCCGCGUCCAUCAUCCUCCGUGGACCCAACGACUUCCAGCUGGAUGAGAUGGAGCGGUCAGUACACGACAGCCUAUGCGCCGUGAAGCGGACCCUGGAGAGCGGCAGCAUCGUCCCCGGCGGCGGCGCCGUCGAGACCGCCCUGCACAUCUACCUCGAGGAGUUCGCCGGCACUGUCGGCUCGCGAGAGCAGCUGGCCAUCGGCGAGUUCGCGCAGUCGCUCCUGGUGAUCCCCAAGACGCUGGCGAUCAACGCCGCCAAGGACUCGUCGGAGCUCGUGGCGCAGCUGCGCUCGAGACACGCCCUGUCCCAGCGGAUCCAGGAGGGAGACGCGAACGAGGAUGAGAAGACGGUGGCGCGGCACAAGAGCUACAAGAACUACGGCCUAGACCUAAUGAAGGGCAAGGUCGUCGACGAGAUCAAGGCUGGCGUGUUGGAGCCGAGUGUGAGCAAGAUCCGGCAGCUGAAGAGCGCGGUGGAGGCCUGCAUCAGCAUCAUGCGUAUCGACACGCUGAUCAAGUUGGAUCCGGAGCAGGCGCCCGAGGGUGACGAUGGGCAUGAUCAUUGAGAUAGUAAUAAUGGCUGACACGGGGUUUGGAAUUUGGUCUCAGGGAUGUAAAAUUACUCUAGACAGGAAUCGCUUCUAGACGGCCAGUUGGUUCCCAAUUUGAUGAGGAUAGCCCUUUGUGCAUUGGCUACGUGCUCCAUUGCAAGUCAUGGCUGGCAACCAAGGAAUGGCAUCAGCUUAGUCAGGUAGGUAGCUGCUGAUAGUGCUCUCUCGAGGUGCUUGCGCGUCAA